AUGGUUUCAGGACAAGAUGGAUGCUUGGAAAGGCAGCCUUUUGGACGAGUAACAAAAUCUCCGAAUGGUCUUGCAGUGAGUGCCAGAUGCUCUCGAAGUGUGCAGUCAAAGUGGUGUCCAAUGUGGAGCACAUCCACGUGCACAGCAAAAUUGGGAGAGUUCUUUUUGUGCGCCCCAGGUUCACAAAUCGGCGCUUUGCAGUGCUUGUUUUACACGAACUCAUCAAAUUCAUGGGCAGUUUGGGACCCUUCUGACCUUGUGGAAUGCCCCACAUCCUUUCCAACGAUGGUCUCGAGCGGGGAUGGGUCUUUGUCAUCUUUGUUACAGCUGAAGAUGGAACCAGCAGAUCUCUCAAUGAGCUGCACGGAGGUCCUCAAUGGUGGUCAAGACCGCUGGUUGGUGGAACCUACCAGCAGUGACGCAGAAGACUUUCGCUUGAGGAACAGCGCUCCUGUUCACCCUUAUGACGAUACCAUGUGCAUGAGCAUGGCGGACGAUGCUUCCCUAAGUAUGUCCAAGUGCGAGGCCAAAGAUGAGAGGCAGAUCUUCACUGCCUCCGGUCUCCGUCACAACCUGCGCCAGUCCCUCAACCACUUCAAGAAAUCCACAGGCACUUUGCAAGCGGCGGACGGCAAGCAGCCUCUAGUCGACGCAGCAUUUACCAGAGAUUGUGGGAGUUACGCCUUGUCAAACUUGAGCUUCUCCGAUAACAAGUCCAAGAUGGAGGGCUGUGGGGUCUCAUCCGCUAUGCAGGAGAAGCAUCACGCGGCAGGGUUUGCAGAGCUAGGCGGUACCCAAAGUAAGUGA